GUCAUAGACUAUAUAUAUAUCGUAUAGAUUCGCAGGUGAUCAUGUCUUCUUGUUCCACUUUCGUGUUCCUCUUCCUUUUCUCCUUUCUCACAAGCUUCAGAGCUUCUGCUCAAGAUCCCACUUAUACAUACCAUGUCUGUCCAAACACCACAACUUUCACCAGAAACAGCACUUACUACACCAAUCUCAGAACCCUUUUGUCUUCUCUCUCUUCUCCCAACGCCUCUUACUCCACCGGUUUCCAAAACGCCACCACCGGGCAAGCCCCCGACGGAGUCACCGGACUUUUCCUCUGCCGCGGAGAUGUCAUGCAAGAAGUUUGCCGUAGAUGCAUCUCUUUUGCCGUCAACGACACGUUAAAGAGGUGUCCGAACGAGAGAGAAGUGACGCUCUAUUACGAAAAGUGUAUGCUCAGAUACUCUAACGGGAAUAUACUCUCGACCCUGAACACCAGUGGAGAACGUAACAUGUCUAACGGCGAGCGUAUUACAUCGAACCAAACUGGGUUCAGAGACUUGCUCUUAUCCACGAUGAACCAAGCCGCCACCUUUGCAUCGAACAGUUCUCGAAAAUUCGAUACUGUAAAUGCCUUCGCCAAUUCCCAGACUCUGUUCGGACUGGUUCAGUGCACUCCUGAUCUGACGAGCCAAGAAUGUUUCCACUGUCUAAAUUGGACCAUCAAUCGAUUGCCCAUUGACAGCGUCGGGGGAAGAGUUCUUGUGCCGAGCUGUAAUUCAAGAUUCGAGCCUUACAAGUUUUACGAUGAAACCGACGUUCCAACACCUCCUCCACCUAGGCCGGGAGAAGGCGGAAACUCCUCUGUCAUAAUCAUCGCUGUUGUUGUUCCAAUCACUGUUAUUUUUCUGCUUCUAGUAGCUGUUUUCAGUUUCCGGGCAAAGAGAAAAGGGAUGGUUUAUGAGACUGAACCACUGGCUGAUAGGGACGAUAUUACAACUGCAGGCUCACUUCAGUUUGAUUUUAAGGCAAUCGAGGCAGCAACGGAUAAUUUUUCCGAAGGCAACAAACUCGGUCAAGGUGGUUUUGGCCAAGUCUACAAGGGAACAUUUCCUAGUGGAGUACAAGUUGCGGUGAAGAGGCUAUCAAAGAUAUCAGGACAAGGUGAAAGAGAGUUCGAAAACGAAGUUGUUGUUGUGGCAAAGCUUCAGCAUAGAAAUUUGGUAAGGCUGUUUGGGUUUUGUUUGGAAGCAGAAGAAAAGAUACUUGUAUAUGAGUUUGUGCCCAACAAAAGCCUUGAUUACUUCCUUUUUGACUCUACGAUGCAAAGCCAGCUAGAUUGGACAAAAAGAUAUAAAAUCAUUGGAGGAAUCGCUAGAGGGAUUCUAUAUCUUCAUCAAGAUUCACGACUCACAAUCAUACAUCGUGACCUCAAAGCGGGUAACAUCCUCUUGGAUGCCGAUAUGAACCCCAAAGUUGCAGAUUUUGGAAUGGCAAGAAUUUUUGGAAUAGACCAAACAGAAGCCAAUACAAGAAGAGUAGUUGGAACCUAUGGUUACAUGUCUCCAGAAUAUGCCAUGUAUGGCCAAUUCUCUAUGAAAUCAGAUGUGUAUAGUUUUGGGGUUUUAGUUCUUGAGAUUAUAAGCGGCAAGAGGAACAGUAGCCUCUUUCAAAUGGAUGGUACUGCUGGCAAUUUGGUUACAUAUGCUUGGAGACUCUGGAGCAAUGGAUCACGGUUAGAGCUGAUGGAUCCGUCCUUUCAAGAUAACUAUGAAACAAACGAAAUUACCAGGUGUAUCCAUAUCGCUUUAUUGUGUGUUCAAGAAGAAGCUGAAGAUCGUCCAACUAUGUCAGCAAUCGUCCAGAUGCUCACCACUAGUUCGAUUUCUCUUGCCGUACCUCGACCACCUGGAUUUUUCUUCCGAAGCAGGCAUGAACAAGUAGGGAGAGCAGGUCCAUCUAUUGAUAUGUCUGCUCUUUGUUCAGAUGAUAAUGCGUCCAUUACUAGGGUAGAUCCUCGUUGA